UUUGUUUGGUUAGGUCUGUUCUUCAUACCCACGAAUGUUAAGUAGCGUUUAUUUUAAAAAUUUUAAAUUUUUUAACAUUUCCACAAACUAUAACAGUGUCUACUAUAAUAUGACAAUGAAAAUCCGACGUUUUUAUAAUUGUUUUCAAUCAAUUUCGCUCACGGGUUAGUCCUAUAUAAUUACCAUGUAUUUUUCUGAAGAUGUGGCUUAUGGAGUUUAUUUAGGUAUUCAGUUUAAUAUGAUGUUAGGGUAGGGCGGACGCUCAUACGGUGAGUGUUUAUUGUGUGAGCGCCAAAAAACUAUCCUUUUAUGGGGUUAUUUUAUUUACAGAACAUUUCAUGCUUGAAUAGAUACAGGAAUAUCAUUCGAUGAGGCAGUUAGAUAUGAAUCCUCCAUGUCUUAACUACUGGCCUGACUCUAUAGAAAAAAAAAAGGUAAAUUUACAGUUUCAACCACAACUGCUGUUCGACCAUAGAUUUUUUUUUUCCCUUGGUAUUUGGUGUGAUUCAUUCUAAUUUGCCUUACAUUUCUGUCGGAAAUGAGUCGUUUUGGAGUUAUCACUCCCCUAUAGAACCUGACCUAACCAACCAAAGAAACCUACCUAACUUUACCUAACCAACCAAAGAAACCUACCUAACUUUCCUAACCAACCAAAGAAACCUACCUAACCUUACAUAACUUUCUAGCCAUCUCCACCAUAUUAGACAGAAAAUACUUAUUUGGCAAAUAUUUAGUAGUUGCCAAUUUGCCACCACCUAAUGGACUUUUGAAAAUGGGUUUUUAUCGUGUAAAUCUUUGUGUUAAAUACAAAUAUUACCUUCAUUGCCAUCGGAAAUGAGCAGUAGUUGAGGUAUUGAACAAAUGUGGAAGGUCGAACAAUUUAAAGACCUAAAAAAAAAACUUACCUAAUCUAACCUAACCCCUAGUGCAAGAAACUACCUUAAGUAAGAGAUACAGAGGAUAGAGUGAUGGGACUUGAAUGAGGAAGUGGUGUCUUCGUCAGUGUCCGUCUCUUCACGCUAAUCGGCGCGGACAACUAUGGCAUCCCAUCAACACACACUGAUUGGCCAAGUAUUAAAAAAUUGAAGUUAAAAUAACUCAAAAACUAUAAAUUUACGACGGAAACGUAAUAGAAUUAAAUUUUUUUUAUCUAUCUCCCCAUACAGUAUAUGACUCAAUAAUCAAUUAGGUGGUGGCAACUACUAAAUAUUAAUGAUGUAUUUUGAUAUCUGGUACAAAUGAAAGCAGCUUUGUUGAAGCAUCAUGGUGUAAUUUUACGUUUUUUGUGGACAUGAAAGUAUGCUCAAAUCGAGUGGGUCAGUUGUAAACAAACAGACGAUUUACUUUAAUUUCUUACGUGAAUUUACUCAGUUAAUAUCCAUUUGCGACGGAAGUGGUAUUGGAAAAAGUUGUUCCUCUUGAUGAGAUAUAACUAAUGGUAAACACAAAAUUGCUCUAACCGAGUUGGGGCUGAAACUAAAAUAAUAUAAAAAAACUAGGGUGGAUUUGUUAGGUUCAGCUACCUAGUCUGGUAUUAAUAUCGUUUCAGUCAUCCAGCAAUUUUUAGGAUUUUAAGUUUAGGAAUCAGUAGUUUAGACAAUUCUAAGACCCUUUACUUCUACAGUAUAGCAUUUCUUCCGCUUGUGAUUACUUCCGAGAAAAUCGUAAUAAAUUGUUUGAUAAUCGUCGUAUUUUUUUCCAAGUUCUUGCUGAUGUUACCACUGUCUGAGUGAGCUCCUGUGUGCUUGUUUAUUUCUUUAUUGGUUACUAUGCUGUAUUAUGCAUGUGCUAGAGUCUUUGGACUUUGAUUGGUGGGUAUAAUUUUGGAUCAACCAAUCACAGCUCAGUAUAGGCCCCUGGCAGAUCCCCCUACAGUCAGAGAAAGAGCGGCCAGACAGUGCGACUUGUGUAUGAUGAGGAGGAUCUCAUGAACCCAACUCUGAGUCUAAUUAUGGAUCCAAAGAUGGCAGGUGUCGUACAUAUGGUGGUGUUUGCUGGUACUUCACACUGGGACAAGUUGAUUGUAGCUUCAAGUGUUGCUGUAACUCACAGCACAACACAAUCAACAUGGAUAUUUGAAGAUGAUUGCCAUGGAAAAGAAUCUUGUCAUAUGUCCAUAUUGAAUUGUAGCCAGAAGUGUCAUUUAAAUUAUAAUAUGAAUGAGAUUCUUAAUAUUGAGUGUAUUGAAAAGGGAAUGAAAAAAUUGAGCAUUAAAAACUCUUUUAAAGGGAUUCCUCAGCUGAAAUGCAAGAGUGAAGGGCUACACUUUUCAUUGUUUUUAAAAGAAUUAAAAAUUUCAAAUAUAUAUAGAUUGUCAGUAUAUCAACAAUGGCUAUUAAAGUUUAAGCAGAAAUAUUCUCUAGAUAUGAUAAACGAACAUAAAGAGCAUUUAAUCAUAAGGUGGACUUUGGAAGAUUCUAUGCCUUAUAUCAUUGAUUAUGAAUGGUGUAAUAUAAUGAAACGUUCAGUUCAAGAGAAGCAACAUCUUAAUACUAUAAUGUCUUGGCUCUCCACACUGGGUGGUGCAUGUUCGGCACUUGGAGAUUACAGUGCACAGUUUGCAGAACGAGCAGGGACAAUAUCUUUGCAGCAGUUGGACAUUGCAUUUCGCCUAGGAGAUCCCCUUAUUGUCUCUAGGUGUAGACUCUAUGCUGCAAUAUCCCUCAUUCAGCAGCAUAAAUUUAAGGUGUGUCUGUGCUGCCGUAGAGAAUCAAACAGCAAGAAAUUUGACUGUGGGACCCAGACCUACCACUUCUCUCAACCAGUUAAUGACAGUCCAGAGCCAACAGACAGUCAGGCACAGUCCAAAGAAACUGCACUAGCCAAUCUAAACCUUAAGACAGUUAUUCAGGUGAGAUAAAUGACUGUUAUCUUCAGGUGAGCACUUGGGGGCAAGGCUGGCAUUACUGUACGGCAAGGUUGAUAUUUAGUCAGAAUGUACGGUACGGAAUUAUGGUACAAUAUUUUCCUUGAAGUACGAUACGGUACGAUUUAGGUACGGAAAAAUGAGCAAAAUUCCGUACCGUACCCCAGGCUUAAAAACAUGCUCAUGCACUUAUUAACCCCUUGAGGAUUGUGACGUAUUUUGACAGUUUAUUCUGGCUAUCAUUAAGACACUUUUAUGCAGCUUAGGAAGGAUUUGUGGGAAUAAACAGUAUAGACUAGCUGAAUUAGCCAUCUGUGUAUUGUCUUUCAUAUACCCUUCCUAAAUUGAAUAAAAUCAUCUAAUAAUAGUCAGAAAAGAGAAAAGAAAUGUGUCAUCGAUCUUCAAAGGGUUAAUGUGGCUUGAUCAGUACCGUCCGCCUGCUGGUAGUGUCGGUACUGAUCACGUUGCGUCACGCCAACUGUUCACGUAUAACUUGAGAGUAUUGUCUCCAACUCUCCACAG